GAAGGAAAAGAUGAACUGCGAAGAAAACGAACAAAAUCAAAACAAAACCCAUAACAACAUCCAUUUCUGUAGGUUAUCUAAAAGUAGAUUAAAUUGAACUUGAGUGAAGUGAUAAUUAGUUAAUGAUUUUAUAUUUGAAGAAGUAAAUAGUCAUUUUAUUUUGCUUCUAAAGAUUAUACUAUUACUGGUAGUUUAUUAAAUUUAAAAUUAAAAAUAGUGAACGUAGUAGCGGGAAAUGACGUAUUUAUUAUUGCUGACGGAGUCAAACAAAUGCACGUGAGCUACCUGUAUGUUGAUAUAUCAAUAUUGAGCGAGAAAAAUCUGUUCAACAGUUAAUAUAUUUUUGGAUGGAAAAGAAAAUUUUAUAUUAAAGAUUCUUAAAACUUCUUUGGCAAAAUGAAUCAAGAGAGGGGUGAAGCUAUCACCAUCGUAAGUGCAGAAGAUCACUCUUUUGAACUCAUUGAAGAAAAUUUACGAAAUGUGCUAUUAAAUAAUGACAUCAAAGAUAGAAAAAUUGUGGUUGUGUCGGUUGCUGGAGCAUUUCGUAAGGGAAAGUCAUUCUUAUUAAACUUUAUGCUAAGAUUCUUGGAAUCACAGGGAGCUAGUGAUUGGUUAGGUAAUGAAGAUGAACCAUUAAAAGGAUUUUCAUGGCGUGGUGGUUCAGAAAGAGAUACUACUGGAAUAUUAGUAUGGAGCAAAGUUUUUCCUCUGAAACUAGAAUCUGGUGAAGAAGUUGCAGUACUCUUAAUGGAUACUCAAGGGUCAUUUGAUAGUAGUUCCACUGUUAAAGAGUGUGCUACGGUGUUUGCUUUGAGUACCAUGUUAAGCUCAAUUCAGGUCUAUAAUUUGUCUCAAAAUAUUCAUGAAUAUGACUUGCAACAUUUGGAGCUUUUUACUGAAUAUGGUAGAUUAGCUAUGGAAGGUUGUGAUGAAAAACCAUUUCAGAAAUUGGUCUUUUUGGUGCGUGAUUGGAGUUUUCCUUAUGAAGCCGAAUAUGGUGCUGUUGGUGGGCAGAUGCUUCUAGAUAGAAGAUUGGAGAUUUCAGAGAAGCAACAUCCUCAGCUUCAACAACUUCGUAAGCACAUCCGAUCUUGUUUUUCUGACGUGGGAUGUUUUCUUAUGCCCCAUCCUGGACUUGAAGUAGCAUCAAGUCCUAACUUUGAUGGAAGACUUUCUGUUAUUCGUAGUGAGUUCAAGGAAUCUCUACAGGAUUUAGUUUCCUUGUUGUUAUCACCCUCGAAUUUACUUCCAAAACAGAUUGCUGGCCGUGAUGUUACUUGCAAGGACCUAAUAAAUUACUUUAAAGCAUAUGUGGAAAUCUUCAAAGGCGGGGAAUUGCCUGAACCUAAGUCUAUGCUGAAUGCGACUGCAGAAGCUAACAACCUGUCAGCAGCUGCAAAUUCAAAAGAAUACUACUCUGCUGAAAUGGAAAAGAUUUGUGGUGGUGACAGACCAUUUGUUAGCCAUCAAAUUUUGGAGAGAAAACACUUUGAAAUUCGCCAGAUUGCCUUACAGAAAUUUUCAGAAACAAAGAAAAUGGGAAAUGAAGAGCUUGAACAUUCUUUCAAAGAAAAAUUAGUGAAGGAAAUAGAUGAAAUGUACAGUAGCCUUGUUCGAUUCAAUGAUGGCAAACAGAUUGCUCAUGCUGUUCGCACUCCUGCAACUCUACUUCUCAUCAUAGUUAUCUGUUAUUUAAAUUCUACUUUACUAAGAGCAUUAGGAUUAGAAGCAUUUGCUGUAUCAAUAAAUUUCUUUAUGGUUCUCACCAUAGUUGCUUUGGGCUUGUGGGGUUACUGCAGGUUUACUGGAGAAGCUCAUCAUGUUGGUACAUUUAUUGAUAAUAUGGUGAACAUUGUUUUGACUAAUUUUAUAUUCCCCAGCCAGAAACAAAUUGCUCAAGCUUUUGCAGGCAAAGGUAAUUUUACUACAUCCAUGGAUGGAUCCAUAGAAACUUUGGAAACCCCUAGUGUGAUACAUACUAAUCUUUUACACAGAAAUGUGAAAUAACUGUAUGCUUAACACCAAUUUUCCCUGUUAAAACUUUGGUUAAUAUCUGAUUGUUUGUAUUUAUUAUCUGUACCUGAAGCAAGGCUGAUUAUUUCUUAAUGGAUUGUUGUAUAACUUUUAAGUAAUAUGUAGCAUACUAAUUUGUACAAGCAAAAGACUAAUAAGGAAAAAAACUCAUUUAUAAUUCUUUCAGGUAUUAAAAUAUUUAUAAUAUCUAAUCCUUUUAAGUAUUAAAAUAUUUUUUUUCUAUGUAUUUUGCAAAGGUGUCACUCUUUUAAACACAAGAUAGAUUUAUGUUGUAUCUUUCUGUUUUUAAAAUUUUUUUUUUUAAAGUCAUGCAGCAAUAUUAAGAUUUAAGCAUAAGCUUAUAGUUUUCAAGUCCCAAUUGUCUUAAAAAUGUUUAACAAUGGCAUUACAUUGUUCUUACUAUCUCAAACUGUAAAAUUAACGUAACAGCCGUAAAAUUAUGACGUGUUGACAUAAUGAAUUGUCCACAAAUUAUGUAAAAUUGAUUGAUAUGUUUUUUUUCUUGCCUUUCUUGUUUGUUUUUGGUUUCAGAAUUUUCAGGACUAAUAGUCUUAAGUCUUACAUAAAUUUAUGAUGAAAGUAUAUUGAUUAAUUAAAUUCUAUGAAACGGUAGAACUUAAUAGGAAAGAAUGGCUCUUUUUAAGGGUGAAUUGUAGGGCCAUCCAUUAAUUUAUAAUAUUAGUUUACUAUGGAAAUUUUUAAAUCAGGCAUCAGAAAUGCCAUUUACUAAUUUUCAUAUCUUCAAAAUAUUAAGUGAUAAAUAUUUUCAGAUACUGUCACUUUGCCUAACGAAACAAUUUCAUAAAAAAAAAAUGUUCUGUCUUGUAAUUUCUGAAGAGUGUCACCCUUGAUUUUUAUCCAUAAUUGAUAGAUUUAUCAAAAAGUCUUAGGAAAUUGUUUUAAAUUUCAACCGUGAAUAAUGCAUUGGGUUUGUGUUGAUUUCAAUGUGAGUUAUUGAAAUUUGAGUUGAUAAUGAAAUUAUUGGCAGCUAUUAAUUUACUUAUUGAACUUUCUUAAACAUUUUUAUAGAAUUGUAUUUAUGAAAUAUUAUGUUCCGAGAAGCGUGACACUAAUUGAAUAGUGGGGAAUUUGCUUUUAUUUUCAAAUGCUCCCUAAGCACUUUUAGAAAACAUGUGUAUCCCAAAUUUUCUAUAUUAUAAUAUUUCUUAAAAAAUGAUUACAUAUUAUUUCCUGAUUGUAAAAAUAUGUUUUCUUCAAAAAUUCAGAAAGUUAUUGUUUCUGAAAUAAUAUUUUUUACUGUGCUGUUCACAUUUUGUAAUUUCAACACUAUUUAAAGCCAAACAGAUUUUUGCCUUAAUGCACUUUUUAUAACUUUUCAGUGUCUCUGUAAUUUAAGUAAGUGUAUUUAUUACACUUUUUUUUUUAUACUUACUUUAUUAGAAGUGUUUUAUUACAUAAAGUAUAUUUGGAGAAACGUCACAUUAGUUUAAUAAUAAGGAAUCUGCAUUUAUUUCAAAAUGCUUCCUAAAUAUUUUUUUUACUAUGAUUAAGUCAAAAUACAUGUAUAUCCAAUAUUUUCUACCUAGAAGCAUCCUUUCAAAUAAUCUAAAGUGUUCCCAGUUUGCCAAAAUUUCUGUUUUCUUUGAAAAUUUAAAUUCAUUGUUCCUUUGAUUGCUUUUGAUUUAGUUAUUUGCCAACUUUUAUGGAUUUUUCGUAGGUGUUUAUUUUUAUAUUUAAAGUGGUGGCAAAAUUCAUAUUUUUUCUUUUCAUACAUUCAAUGUAUAAAUUUAAUUUUAAUUUAUAUUGAUCAGCACUUCUUAUAAACAAAUUAAAUAUGUAGAUCAAUACAUGAUAAAUAAUACAGUGACAAGUUUUGGUUCUGGGGAAAAAAGUUUUUUUAUCUGCAAUUUUCAUCUCAUUACCCCUUGAGAAAAUUUUCUUUAGAAAUAGAAAAAGUUAGCAGGUUUUUCAACAAUAUUCAAAUCCAAACCGGUUUUUGCCUUAUCGCAAUUUUUAUAAGUGUGUAGUGUCUCUGAAAAAGUCACAUGAAAUGUUAUCUAUUUAAUGUUCAUAAUUUAAAGCCCAAGCUUUUAAUGUAUAUAGCUUUUGCUAUAGUAACAUCUAUAUUUAUUUUUUAUUUAAUACCAGAUUUUUUGAAAAUAGUGCUAGACGUUCAGUUUAGUGAAUUUCUUUCAACUGUAAAGUAUUGUGUGGUAUUCAAAACUAUUAUGGACUGUUUUUAAAGCUAUUUUUGUAUUUGCAAUCACAAAAACGGCAAGUGUUUAUUGCCUUAUUUGGGGUAUGAUCUCUGUACCUUUCCCACUGCCAAUUUUAUGAAAAUGAUAAAAAAAAAUAUCAGCUGACUAUUGUAUGUCAUUGGUAGUUUCAAUGUGUCAUUAAUUGUUUGAAGAAGAUCUAACUUUUUAUACACAUUCAAUCACAGUAAAUAGUUCAAAGUGCCAUAUGAGAUGAGUAAUAUAAGAGUUUUCACUGUUAUGUUUAAAUUGUUUUGUUGUUAAUCUUAGAUAUUGUCUUACUAGAAGGUAGUUAUGUGUGAAGUCUACUUUAUUGCAGUUUUGGUGUUGAGAGUCGUACCUUUUUUUUUUAUUUGUUCACUCGCUAGAAGUGUCAAAUGAUUUAAAAAUGUGGAAAUUAAGAUUUUUUUGAUAAAACUUUUUUUUAACUUACAUUUCUGAAUGUACUUUUUAGUGUUCUUUAUAGAUUGUAAAUACAAAGCAGAUUUCAAAAUAAAUUAUCUUUUUAAAAAGUAAAAAAAAAAAAAUCAGAAAUAUAUAAAAAUAAAUUUUUAUAAACUAAUUUUUCUAAUUGUAAUUUGAGUUUUGAAAACUAUUUUAUUAGCAUGUUCGCUAAGUGGUUUUGGUAGGGCACCCUUGUUUAAAGCCAGUAUCAAAUUAUUUCCGAUUUUAUUAUUACAAUUAUGUAAAAGAAUGAUUUAAAUUUGCUUUGUUCGUUGAAGCAUUUAAGUGAAAUAUAUGCAAUAAUUUUGUCACAAGCACACUUUAGAUCUCUUGUACAUUUUUUUAUUUUUUAUAUUUAAUCUGAGAUGUGUAAAAUGCAGCAUAAAAAACAUGCGAAUGAAUCGUAACAUCUAUUUUAUAGAUUUGUAGAUUUGUAUAGCAAUAAUGCUGUUUUUUAAUUAUAUUUUUUCUCUCUAAUAUACACCUUAAAUAUUUCUUGUCACCUAUAUCAUGUUUGGGUUUUUAAUGUUAUGAUACUUUAUAUCUCAGUUAUUUUAAUUUUCAACAUGAUUUUUUCUUGCGAUUUAAGCUUGCCAAAUUGAAAUUUGAUUGUUUGUUGGGAUUCUUAUUUAGUGUUUCUGUAACAACCCUAUUUAAAUGUUGCACUAUUGUUAAAAUAUGUAUAAUAAAAAGCAGAAUCUCUUAACAAUAUACAUAUAUAUAUUUCUGCACCAAGUGCAGUUAUUUUCGUAUGUUACUAUGAUGUCAAAUAUAAGUUAACAAAUAUUUUUAUGAUAAAACUAAUUUGAAUAAAUAUCUUUUAAAUAUA